GUGUUGGCUUCCGGACAAUGUGUUUGUUGUUCGCACUGCUGACAGCACACAUCGGGGGCGUGGCAUCGACGUUACUUCCCGGUGGUAUGGACGCACGAUUGACACAAGCCGCCAUGCAAGUCGUCAAGAGCCACACUACGCAUCAGGCGUACCCCAGCGCUGGAGAUGUUCCACCACUCUUCAGCAACGAUCAGCUGAUGCACUCUAACUACAGGACUAAGGUCGGCGUCAGUGACAGAGAAGAGUUGCAAGUGACGAAGCUGAUGCUCUCGGCCAUCAGGACAGACGUCUACGGCGCGGCCCGUUGGACGCACAUUCACCAUAACCACACCGACCACGUGAUGGCCACCACGCGGAACGGCGUUCACGUGUGGCGCUUCAACAGCCCAAACGCAGAACUUCGGACCAGGGACGCGAUGUUCCGUUUCAACUCCGGUUCGGAUGAAAUCAUCGACGCCAUUUUGUUCGUGAGAAACGAGAAGAACCUACAGACCAUGUACCUCGCCCUGGUCAUCAAGGCCGGGCAGACCGCCAAGUUGGUCGCGUAUGAAGUGGACUUCGCCGGACAGGCUAUGCUUUUUUCGUUGCCGUUGGGAGAAGUUCCUAUAAAAAUUCGCUGGCUCCAGUCUCAACAAGAAGGUGCGCUCGUUGUGCUCUUCCCAUCUGCCUUUGCAGACAUCGGCUUCACCGACAUUCGCCAGGGAGGAAUGGUGCUGAGCCAUAUUGUCAAGCUCCAUAUGCCAAUGGCAACUGACCUCGAGACUACAACCAUCAGCGGCUACGGUUACAUCACCGUGAGCAAUGCCACCACGGUGGUGGUGUAUCGGUCUGACGAACUGGCGAGCAAUUUCAGGGUCUUCGACAUCUUGCAUGGUGCAGACCUGACAGACAUCGCCCUCUUCAGAGUCGGCUUCGAGUCUUUCCUGGCCAUAGCGGGUUUCAAGGACCAGUUUCUCUACGUCUGGCGUGGAGGAGGUUUUCACUUAAGCCAAGUUUUCUCCAUUCGUGACGGGUUCCAGUGGCACCCUGUUGCUCUAGGCUCAUGUAGGGAUGACGUGCUGCUAACACUGGCCACGAAUGAUGCAACAUACCCAAUGAAGCUGUUUGCAUGGUCUUCCGAACUGAGGCAGUUCAUGGAGAUUCAAAGAGGGACUGUUCCUCUUGGAGGCUUCCUGGCUCUCAAGGACAGCCUUUCUUCAUUCAGUCUCAAGGACAAUGCUUGGCUCUUCUUCACGGAUGCUCUUAAGGGAGGUGCAAAGUCCCUCAUGGUGUCCACCAAGGUCGUCCUCCUCCCCAAUCCCGUUCAAGAAAAGGGAUCACAGCUGGUUCUCCGAAUGAGAAUUGCCAAGGAGCAACUGGACCAGCAGCAAGUUUUGCUCGGGCAAGCAUCGAACACACUGCGUCACGCCAUCAGCUCAAAGACGCCAGUGAAUGUGGUCCGCGUAAAGCAAGUAAUUCGGUCCGUCCUUGUCAAUGGACCAGUCUCCAUGGGUUUUGCAAAGCUACCACAAGGUCUCUCCAUGGAAGGCUCGCCAGUGUCCAUGAACAAACUGUACGCAAGAAUGCCGGAGCUCCAGAGAGCCAUCAGUGAAAUCGGUUUCAACCUCCGCAGGCUGACAUCGUCCCUCAAAGACGCCGUGUUCAAAAGCCAGCCGGUCACAAUCACCAUGCCCAAAACAGUCCAAGGAUGUCUGUCAACACAAUUGUUAAAGACUGCAGAGGCCAAUCUUGACACUAUCCAAGGCGUCCUCACCACUGACCUCUUCAGAAACUUGUACUGGAUGAACAAGCCUACACCCAUCACUGGAAGGAUCACCCUUGCAAGACCUGCUAGGGUGAGGAACACACUCCAGUCGCCCUCUAUCAACGGCUUGGAUCUUGCAGCAGCAGUCACCACUGACCGGCACCACACUCUUCAUGGUCUAACCACCUUUGCCAGGCCUCUGGAGAUUCUCAAAGACUCUGCCUUGGAAGGAACACUGAAUGGCAUUAAGCUUUCCAGUCUGGUCACAUUGGCAGGAACUCACUAUGUCUCGGCUUCAAAGAGCUUUGCUGUCGUAAACGUCGUGAAGGAACUUUCCGCCCACAGUGUGGACGGGGUGGACAUCGUCAAGGCAGUCGCAACGUCUCUGAAUGUGGUAGAUGACCAGGUUGCUUCCGGAGUCCUCAAGUUCACGAGGGAUGUCCACGCCAAGUCAGUGUUUGCUCCAGUUCUGAAUGGCAUCGAUGUUAGUGAUAUCGGUGGUCGCUUUGUUCGAAUGGACUGGCCAGCAAGCAUCACGGGCUUCAAACACUUCACCGGUGGCUUCGAGGCUCGGAAGCAACUGCAUGUCUUCGGAAGACUCAACCGUUUAGCCGUGCCCCAAGACCUCUUCCUCAAAGACGUCGAACAAAUAGUCAAAGGGCGAAAGUCCUUUAGGAGACUCGUGACAACAGUGACGACAGUGGAAGGCCUCGUUGAUGGAAUUUCUAUUCCAAAUGACAUCUAUAGGGUAACUGAUGCAUCUGCAAUUGACGUUCCACUCGCAUUUGCCAACGGGAUCAAGGCAGCUCGAGAUGUUGUGGUAGCAGGAACUCUCGAUCAGGUUGACGUGUCUGAUUUCGCAAGUUACGCCUUCAAACAACCGACCAAGGUUGUCAAGACAAAUGUCAUCUUCAAGUCUCCUGUCACUGUCCGGAAGUCUGUUCAAGUGAAUGCUAAGGUCAACAGUGUCCUUCUGGAUUCCCUGUACAAUGAUGCAAUCUUCCCAACCGGUGACCCCAUCAUCACAAUGGCUGGACAAAAAACCUUCCAUAAUGGAGCACAUAUUUCUCGGAUGACGGUAAAGGGAGCAGUGAACGGCUACAAUCUUCUCGAAGACCUCAUGGCCACCGAAGACCACCAGGAUGUAGGAGUUUUUAUUACAGGAACCAAGACACUUGCUGGACCUGUUGUCUUUGAAAAGGAUCUCAACUCCACCACCGGAAUCGUUGACGACGUCCCGGUUUUCAGAGUGUUUGCUGGGCGCAUCACUCUACACAGCGAGCAGAACAUCACGGCGGAACCACUUUUCCUGGACACUGUAAGAGUGGGACACCUCUACACACUGGGACGCAUCCAGGGACUCUUGUUUCCGCAAGACCUUGUGCUGAAAUCGGUUCCCCAACAAGUCUAUGGCACCAAGCACAUGGUUCAUGGCCUUUCUGCUGCUUUGCUAGAUUCGAGAAUUCAAGUGAGCGUUAAGGGACUCGUCGGAGGAGUGGACAUUGUAGACAUCGAUAGGAGGAGGGUGACCUUGUCGAGGCAUCAAGUAGUCUCUGGAGCACUUUCUAUUGGCAACGCGACAAUGUCCUCGCUGAAUGCUGUGCUCAUGAAUGGCCGACCGGUACAAGACUUCUUGCAGAAUGUGAUGUCCAGGACCCGGCUACAAGUUGUGACUGCUUCGAAGACUUUCUCAGGCAUUCUCAAGUCUUCGGCGCCAGUGUCGACUAUGAAAGGAGUAAAUGAUGUUUCUUUGAAGCUCAUCAACACAAACGCUGUCGGACUGCGAGGUCAGUCAGUCAUCGGUGCGCCAGUGGCUAUGAAAGACAUAUUUGUGGUGCUCGGGAAGAUGAGCAUCCGUGGCAUGUUGGAUGGACGAGACCUCAACACAUUUGAGGCGGACACUGUUCCGAAGCGAGGCUGGAUUUCGGUCCGUGGCAACUGCGUCUUCUACGGAGGCUUAGCAGUUCAUGGCAACAUUGCCGCUGGCGACGUGAACGAGCUCAUGCUUUCGUACGAUGCCCUGCUAAAAUCUGCCGACCAAAGUAUCAAGGGUCAUUACCAUUUCAAGAAGAAUGUGAAAGUUCUUGGAGAUCUCCCGCAUUUAGGUCACGUCAAUGGCAUCGACCUGUCUGUGUUGGACAUGCUGGUCGCCAAAGAGGACAGAGAAAAUGUCAUUCACUCAGACUUGGACAUCCAAAACGUGGCCUCAGUUGAGACUGACAUCAAUGUGGAAGGACUGGUCAACGGUCACAAGUUACGCUAUUUAAAGGAUAGGGCAAUCUGCCAUGCCAGGCACCACGACAUCCACGGUACCAAGGUCAUCCGUGGACCAGUCGAGUUCCUCAAUUCUCUCGACGUCCGCCACUACGACAAUCGAAGCCUCUCCGCCCUGUUCAACGACAUUGUUCUCCUCGACGGUCAUUUUACGACUGCACCCAAGACAUUCAAUGAUCUCCUCCUUGAGGGCUCCAUCAAGGCUAAACAGGCUCACUUGAAAGGGCAUGUGAAUGGCGUAGCGCUUGACAUGGUGCUGACGGAUGCAGUUUGGAUCAACGGGAAGUGUGAAUUGUAUGGAGAAAAGACUUUCAAGGACCACUUCACGGUCCACAAGAAUCUGACUGUUCUUGGUCUUCUGAAUGGGCUUCGUGUACCGGAUGAUCUUCUACAGCUCUGCCACACCAACUCUUGCCCGUACCAGCAGCUUCAUAGCCCAACGUUUGACGAGUUGCAAGUGCCGGGCCAUGUGCCGGUGUCCGAUCUUGUCAACGGGCACAACCUGCCACAAGCCCUGAAGAACACACUGUUUGUGCAUUCUAACCAGACAGUACCAGGAACAAAGGACCUUCAGUCUACAGUUUUCACGAGGAAUGUUCUGCCACGCCGUGUCAACGGGGCAUCUUUUCACCAGGAGGUGGUCACUCUCGAGACGCCACAGACUGUGUUGACAACAAUUGCUCCCUCCAAUGUGAUUGCUCCAAAUGUCAAUGUUAAAGGUCUCAUCAACGGCAUAGACUUCAACAAGCUUGUGCGGGACGCAGUCUACCUCAACGUCCCGCAGACCAUUCCGGCUGCUCUGGAGCUCAACACGGUUGUGGCACAAAAGAACAUCAAGCUCGUGGGCACACUCAACAAAGUACAGCUGCCCCAGCUGCACAAGGACCUCUCGCUCUUUGAACGUGCCGCCAACCAGCUGGCCACAGUCAUGGGACAGAAGAUCGGCGAACAUGAGGCUGUUCUUGAUCGCCUGUCCUGCUUCCUGACGGAUUCAUACUCGUCGGUGGAUCAUUUUGUUCUGCACCAGUCGCUGGACGUGGAAGCCACGCUGGUGGAUGCAGAGUCCAAUGUAUACCACUUCCGUCUCUUGGACAGCCACGUGGGUCAGCCGGUGGCGCAGGCGUUCCACUUCGGAUGGAGUGGUGCGGACCAACGGUGGCAUCUGGAGAGCAGCGUGACGUCCGACGAGGGUCGCCGGAUUUAUUUCCGCCUCGAGGGAAAGCUGCUCUGGCUGGAAGAGCCGCUGCCGGACAGCAGGGCUAAACGUGGGAUCCUGACUGAUGGCACUGCGGUCCUGUACAACUUCGGCGACGUGCACAGCAUGUCUGCCGUGGCUGCGGAUGCCACAAGUGCCAUCGUUGCCAGCUUGACAAAGAACGGUGUCUUGGACGUCUUCAGUUUCACUCUGCAACGCUCUGAACCUACAAUCAUUGGCACCAUCAAUCCAGGACAGGGUGCCCAAGCUGUCAAGCUGUUUGCUUUCAAGGGGGCGGUUUAUGCCGUCGUAUCGACCUAUGACCCACAAGCGUGCCUUGUCGAAAACAUUCGGUCAGCUGUCUACCUACGGACAGGCCGGGACCGCUGGACAGUCAUUCAGAGGGUGUACGGGGGCGCAGCCAUCGAAUCCUUCAGCAAGAACGAGCGACUCUAUGCCGUGUUCACUGACGUUGAUGUCUACAGUCACUGCGGCGAACCCAGCCUCGUAAAGGUGUACCGCACAUGCGCAAGCAAGAGCUCUCCUUUCGAGCUGUUCCAAACCCUUUCGGUGGUCUCGGUGUCAAAGUUGGCGGUGGUGCACUUCGGAGCUCGUCUCGACGUCUACAUGGCUGCUGCAAACCACACUACGGUUGUGGUCUACAAACUACAAGGGGAGAGCGGCUUUGGGCUUGUGGCUGCAAUCGCCGUGACUCAACUGACCGACAUCGGCCUGUUCGUUCUCGAGGGGGACCUGUACCUCAUAGUGGCUCAGGGACACAGUACGGACAGCACUGGGAAGACCAUAGUGUACAGGGCGGCCACACAAGGUGCCAAGGAAACCUUCAGGAGGUACCAGCUGACGUGACCAUCCCUUCAGCGAUCUGCGACUGGGCCAUUUUAAACUGUUUUUACGGUAUAUAUACAAAUGGGCGAACUAAUUGUUAUCGUUGCAGUAACUGCCUUUUUUGGCAACGUUUUGUUGUUUUAUGGUGCGUAACAUUUUUAACCACGCAAGAAAAAAAAUAAUAUUUCAGAGCUGUGUAUUUGGUAUUGUCUCGUGUAGCGUUAGCUGUUAAAAAACGACUGCACAUGUGCCCAGCACUGCCUACUGUGAGACAAUAAAGACAUGAUCAUUCA